GUGGAACACACUAUGAUCAUUCGAAAAGUGCUGAGCUGUAUAAUCCAUCAACAGGUACUUGGACAACUACUAGUAACAUGGGUUAUGCACGAGAAUAUCACACAGCAUCUGUAUUAUUAAAUGGAGAAGUAUUAGUUACUGGGGGGCAGAAUGGUAAUAUUAGUUUACAUAGUGCUGAGCUGUAUAAUCCCUCAACAGACACUUGGACAACUACUAGUAAUAUGACUAUUACACGAUCUUCUCACACAGCAUCUGUAUUAUCAAAUGGAAAAAUAUUAGUUACUGGUGGAUCAGGCAACAGCCACCCAAAUAGCGCAGAAUUAUAUGAAUUAUUUGAAACAAAUUAA